AAUCGAGAACAGAUACUGAACGUACGCCUACUCAUUGAAAAAUGUCGCGAAUUCAAUAAACCUCUUGUGUUGUGCUUUAUAGACUAUGCCAAAGCAUUUGACUGCGUAAAUUGGAAUUCCAUGUUCAGGAUAAUGUCGGAAAUGGGCGUGCCAUCACAUCUUAUUUUCCUUGUCCAGAGGUUGUACCUUGAAGGGUCGAGCUUUGUGAAAUUGGAUGAAUCACAAUCUGAAACAUUCCAUACAGAACGAGGAGUCCGUCAAGGAUGCAUACUUUCUCCGAAGCUGUUUAACCUCUACGGCGAGUAUAUUAGGCGCUUGAUGGCUGGGAUGGCGGCGUCACGGUGGGCGGCACGAAGAUCACGAACCUAAGAUAUGCCGAUGAUACAACAAUCCUUGCAGCCAGCGAGUCCGAGAUGGCUGCGGUCUUGGAGCGAAUAGAAAGAGUGAGCCUUGAAUUUGGCCUGCACAUAAACCGCUCUAAGGCCGCUGCCUCGAAUUUUGCGGGCAGCGGGGCGGCAGCGGCGGCGGCGCGGCAGCGGGGCGGGCAGCGCAUACCUGUUCUCGAAACGAGCGGGCAGAUCGCGCGGCACUAUAGCGGUGUAGUGUUGUGUUCGUGGUUGUGUUUCGAGAUAUUUUAUUCGCGAACGAAAUGUCUGAAAAACGGCGACAUCUUUUUGAUUCCAAUUUAUUCCUAACGCUCGAUUUAUUGUGGGCAAAAGAAGAAAUGGAUCCCUACUAUAGGGCAAGGAAAAUAAAUGGCGAGUUUUAUCGAAAUUAUGAAGAACAGAGACAAAAUCCCGACAAAUUCUACGACUACACCAGAAUGAGUGUAGAAACUUUUGAUUAUAUUCUUGAAACUGUCAAGAGUGAUUUAGAGUCUGGAAUUAAUCCAAAACGAUUUAGAGGUAUAUCUCCAGCAGAAAAAUUAUACUUGACGCUUGGGUUUUUGGCGAGUGGGCAGCCUUUCAAAAGACUGUCGUUGACAUUCAGAAUGGGAAAAACAACGGUGACCAACAUAGUUUAUAGCACUUGUAGAGCUAUAUGGAAAAAUUUGGUACAUUUACAUAUGCCAAAACCGACAGAAGAACUAUUGAAAAAAGUAACGGAAAAAUACUAUGAAAAAUGGCAAUUUCCUAAUUGUAUCGGAGCUAUAGAUGGCAAACAUUGUCGAUUAAAAAAUCCUAAGUUUGCUGGAUCAUCGCAUUAUAAUUAUAAACAUUUCUUUUCGAUGCACUUGCAAGCGGUCGCGGAUGCUGACAAAAGAUUCAUUUGUAUAGAAGUUGGAGGAAGAGGAAAACAAAGCGAUGCAGGGACAUUCCAUUACUCUAAUUUGAACCAUUUAAUUCAAAGUAAUAACUUCAAUGUACCCCGUCCACGAUACCUACCCAGAUCAGAUAUCAUUCUACCAAUGGUUUUUAUUGGAGAUGAAGGAUAUCCACUCAAAACCUAUUUGAUGCGACCUUAUCCUCAAAGCGUACUUAAUGCACAAAAUGAGUUAUUUAAUAAGCGAUUAUCGCGGGCUCGAAAGACUAUUGAGUGUGCUUUCGGAAUUUUGAGAUCCAAGUGGCAUAUUUUCAGAUCACCCAUAGAGACAAACAGAUGUCACGCAAGAUUACUCAUCAAAACUUGCUGUUUGUUGCAUAAUAUUAUACGAGAUAAGGACGGUAAUAAUGAUAUUGCCUAUAUUACUGUCAAUACGAAUCAACAAAGAAUACAAACACGCUUACGAACAAACGCCCGGACGUCUCAUCAAGCACAAUAUGUACGUGAAAAAUUCAAAGAAUAUUUUGUAAAUAAUCGCAUUAGUUACUAAUUAAUUUGUAAAACAUAAUAAGUAUUGUACCUAUUUGACAUAAUAAAUCAUUAUAUUUACCUUCAAUAUUCA